CUUUGCUCUUGGGGUGCAGGGGGAGGUGCGGACCCCGCUGGAGCCUGGCUUUGCGCCUCGACCCUCUCCUGGUCUCGGGAGCUACCUCAGGGGGUGCUUCGAUGGUUUGAGGAAGAGGGGUCGCUCUAGGACAGAGGGGCUGCCUGGUGAUCUCUGACAGCCGUCGGGAUGGAGGUGAGACGGCGGCCGUGACGCCCGCCCUUGCGCACCCCUGCACCGCAGCGGCCCGCAGCGCUCCCCGCCCCCCGCCCCCGCGGCAGCGGGCCUUGCCGUCGAGUGACAGCGGCCUGGGGGGCAGGGGGGGCGGGGGAGGCCGGACCAGCGAUGCCGGCGGGCAUGACGAAGCAUGGCUCGCGCUCCACCAGCUCGCUGCCUCCGGAGCCCAUGGAGAUUGUGCGUAGCAAGGCAUGUUCGCGCCGGGUGCGCCUCAACGUCGGGGGCCUGGCGCACGAAGUGCUCUGGCGCACCCUGGACCGCCUGCCCCGCACGCGGCUGGGCAAACUGCGCGACUGCAACACGCAUGACUCUCUGCUCGAGCUGUGCGAUGACUACAGCUUGGACGACAAUGAGUACUUCUUCGAUCGCCACCCGGGCGCCUUCACCUCCAUCCUCAACUUCUACCGCACCGGCCGCCUGCACAUGAUGGAGGAGAUGUGCGCACUCAGCUUCAGCCAGGAGCUGGACUACUGGGGCAUCGACGAGAUCUACCUGGAGUCCUGCUGCCAGGCGCGCUACCACCAGAAGAAGGAGCAGAUGAACGAAGAGCUCAAGCGGGAGGCCGAGACGCUGCGGGAGCGCGAGGGUGAGGAGUUCGACAACACCUGCUGCGCAGAGAAGAGGAAGAAACUUUGGGACCUGUUGGAGAAACCCAACUCCUCCGUGGCCGCCAAGAUCCUGGCCAUCAUCUCCAUCAUGUUCAUCGUCCUCUCUACCAUCGCCCUGUCACUCAACACGCUGCCAGAGCUGCAGAGCCUGGACGAGUUUGGCCAGAACACAGACAACCCACAGCUGGCCCACGUGGAGGCCGUGUGCAUAGCCUGGUUCACCAUGGAAUACUUGCUUCGGUUCCUCUCGUCACCCAAGAAGUGGAAGUUCUUCAAGGGUCCGCUCAAUGCCAUUGACUUGCUGGCCAUCCUGCCCUACUAUGUCACCAUUUUCCUCACAGAAUCCAACAAGAGCGUGCUGCAGUUCCAGAAUGUCCGCCGAGUGGUCCAGAUCUUCCGCAUCAUGCGCAUCCUCCGCAUCCUGAAGCUUGCCCGGCACUCCACCGGCCUGCAAUCCCUGGGCUUCACGCUUCGCAGGAGCUACAAUGAGCUGGGCUUGCUCAUCCUCUUCCUCGCCAUGGGGAUUAUGAUCUUCUCCAGCCUGGUCUUCUUUGCUGAAAAGGAUGAGGACGAUACCAAGUUCAAAAGCAUCCCGGCCUCUUUCUGGUGGGCCACCAUCACAAUGACGACAGUUGGGUAUGGAGACAUCUACCCGAAGACUCUCUUGGGGAAAAUCGUCGGGGGGCUCUGCUGCAUUGCAGGGGUCCUGGUCAUCGCUCUUCCCAUCCCUAUAAUCGUCAAUAACUUCUCUGAAUUCUACAAGGAGCAGAAGAGGCAGGAGAAAGCCAUCAAGCGAAGAGAGGCCCUGGAGAGAGCCAAGAGGAACGGCAGCAUCGUGUCCAUGAACAUGAAGGACGCUUUCGCCCGGAGCAUCGAGAUGAUGGACAUCAUGGUGGAGAAAAACGGAGAGAACAUGGGUAAGAAGGAUAAAGUGCAAGAUAACCACUUGUCUCCCAACAAGUGGAAGUGGACCAAGAGAACGCUGUCUGAGACCAGCUCAAGUAAGUCCUUUGAAGCCAAGGAGCAGGGGUCCCCUGAGAACAUCAAAUCAUCUUCUAGUCCUCAGCACCUCAAUGCCCAGCAAUUGGAAGAUGUGUACAAUAAAAUGGCCAAGACACAGUCCCAACCCAUUCUCAAUACCAAGGAUACAGCACUGCAGAGCAGACAGAAGGAAGAACUGGAGAUGGAGAGCAUCCCCAGCCCUGUGGCCCCUCUGCCCACGCGCACGGAAGGUAUCAUCGACAUGCGCAGCAUGUCCAGUAUUGACAGCUUCAUCAGCUGUGCCACAGACUUCCCUGAAGCCACCAGAUUCUCCCACAGCCCAUUGGCAUCCCUGUCUGGCAAGGCUGGGUGCAGCACAGCUCCAGAGGUGGGCUGGCGGGGACCUCUGGGUGCCAGUGGCGGGGGACUUGUGGAGGCCAAUCCCACUCCUGAGGCCAGCCGAUCUGGCUUCUUCGUUGAGAGCCCCAGGAGUUCCAUAAAGUCCAACAACCCCUUGAAGCUCCGGGCGCUCAAGGUCAACUUCAUGGAAGGCGACCCCAGCCCACUGCUGCCCUCUCUAGGGAUGUUUCAUGACUCUCUUAGGAACAGAGGAGGUGCAGCAGCUGCGGUGGCAGGACUGGAGUGUGCCUCGCUCUUAGACAAGCCUGUGCUGAGCCCAGAGUCCUCCAUCUACACCACAGCCAGUGCCAGGACACCUCCCCGCUCCCCCGAGAAACACACAGCAAUAGCAUUCAACUUCGAGGCAGGCGUCCACCAGUACAUAGACACAGAUACAGAUGAAGAGGGCCAGCUGCUCUAUAGUGUGGACUCCAGUCCUCCCAAAAGCCUCCAUGGGAGUACCAGCCCCAAGCUCAGCGUGGGAACCCGGUCCGAAAAGAACCACUUUGAGAGCUCUCCUCUGCCCACCUCCCCUAAGUUCUUAAGGCAGAAUUGUAUCUACUCCUCUGAAGUGUUGACUGGAAAAGGUCCUGGGGCUCAGGAGAAGUGCAGACUCCAAAACCACAUCUCCCCUGAUGUGCGCACACUGCCCGGAGGAGGAGGAGGAGGAGGAGGAGGAGGAGGAGGAGGAGCACAUGGGAGCACUCGGGAUCAGAGCAUCUGAACCCCCCAGGAAAGAGGGGAACUUGCAGAGGAAGUCAAGGUGGAGGGCUGCCUGGCCUACCUGCCCCUGAGUUCCACAUGAACUCAGAGACACAAGGCCCUGCAGAGCCCCAGUGACAGGAGAGACCCCAGGGAAAACUCCCAGAGACCCUGGGAGCUGUGACAGGUCUAUGGGCAUAUAAGCAGCCGAGCCACAGAGACCGACAACUCCUGAGAUGACAAGAGCAGAGAUCACGGCCACCACUACCACCCCUGAGGCCUAGCGGAGGUGACCUACUUCCUAGUCUCUCCAGGCUCUCCCAGCCUCAGAGCACGCCAUCUCCACCUCUCCUGGCCUCAGCUGGAAGGAGAGGUUGCUGACUGAAGAGUGGCCCGACCUGUUAGUACUUGGUGUCACCCAGUCACCUCCAGAAACACCUGCCCACUGCCCCCUGGCUGGAUCCGCUGUUAAGAAGGCUACAGAAGACACUUGCAUCGUGGGGAAAUCUCUGCACCCUAAGCCGCAGUUCCAGGGCAUGACCCUUACUCAAAUGUCUUGAUUUGACUUGGUAUCUGGUAGUACCUGAGACUUUAUUCCCAGACACUGCCUGGGUGAGUAGAUGAUUUGGACUGGAUUCUCAAUAACCCCUGGCAAUCUAGGAAGGAGUUCAGAUUUUGGGUACGCAGCCAGGGAUGACCAGAGCUUUUUUUUAGGGCUAAUGGGAAUGAGCUUUCUAUACUUUGCUAGCCUAGACUCAACAGAUACGCAAGUGUCAGAUGUGCAGACAAAAUAGAUUAUUCAAACAGACCAUGUGUGACUGAACAGUAUAAAAGAAUCCAAUUUCAUUUUCUACAUACAAAAAAAAAGAAAGGAAAAAACCCUCAUUGAACUGCCCCAUGUAGACUUUUGACUGUUUUCUGCUGCAACGGGGAACGUACUUACCAUGAUAGAAUUUUUUUUUGUUUGUUUCCUGUGGUAUUCAAGCUAAAAACAAAUUAAUAAGUUAAUAAAAAGCACUUUAUGUUUUUCUAAACUAGGUUCUACCAGGGACAGUGUCAAGAUCUUGCACUUUAAAACAAGCACUAUUUCCCCUGGGGCAUUUGCUGGCCCCGUAGUUGAGGUGUUACUUAUGUGCCCGUUUCCAGCCACAGUGGGUCUCACUGUCGCCAUAUCAGAGUCCAGGGCUCUCCCAUGACCCCUUGGGAUCACCCCCCAUCCUUCCUAGGUCAGGAGGGGUCCCCAGCCUUCAGGUAAGGCUCUCCUAAAGUCCUGCGUACAGGAGACAUGGACGCCUCAGAAGGGCGCAGCGACAGUUGGGCGCUGGGUGUUUUACUGUGUUUUCUUGUCAACCAGCCGUUCGUUGUGUUUUCUGUGUCACAGCGCUCCUUCCUGCAGCCAUCCAGGCAGACGGCACAUACAAAAGCAAUAAGUAUCCGUGCGUAUCCCUAACGGUUGUGGCGUACCCCCCAGCGUUGGUCUUCCUGUCCUGGCGUGUUGACCUGGCAUUGUCCCGCCACCUUCUUCUAACCCAAAGGCACAGUAUUGGCCCUUCCUCAGUGAUACCAGUUUACCAGCUAUGGUGUUGGCUUGUCUGUCAGUAAAGACUGUGUGAUUGGUCUGCCUGUCUGUACAUAGUACCAUGGGGCAAUAUGGUAUUCUUACAGUAGUGUUAAUGGAUGAUGUCUCAAGUACUGUACCAUACUCCUCCCUGUGCGCAGAACAGUGACAGGCAUGUGUCUUCCUGACAGAGCAACAACACAAUAUUGACCACCUGUCCUCAGUAGAAUUUGUGGCUGGUCUGGCCAGUAGUUCGAUGGUGCAGUCCACCUGUCUGCACACUAAAUCACAGUGCUGUUCUGCCUUCCCUCGCUUCUAUGGCAAGAGGUCAGGCCACCUGUCAGAAGGAGGACACUACAGGGUCAUCCCACCACCCUUAAAAAAAAAAAAUGUGUGUUUUCCACAGAUCAUGCCCCUUCUCGGCAUCUCCAGGGACCAGAGGUCCACCCAAGAGGGUGAAACCUCAUUUGCUGUGAAAAUGAGAACUUGUGCUUUCUUGCAGCAGAUGAAAAGGGACUGGGGCAGGGAAAGUGUGAGGGCACCCUUGGCCAGCAGGCCUUCUGGAGACAGGAAGCAGCAGCAACCCCGAAGCCUGCUGUGCAGCGCAGUCCGUCUGGAAUGCAGUCCUGUCUGGGGCCUCUGUUGAGGGGUGACUGUGGGACCGUUCUCCACCAACAUCUUCUGUGUCUCUGUUUCUCACCACCAUGGAUGUCCACCCAUCAGCACAAAUGGGAAACUUCAGGGAAAACAAAUGCUUUUUGAUAAAAAGUAAAUAGUUGUGAUUUCGGAUUCAGAUAUUUUUAGAGCUGAUGCUAUCUGUAAAAAUUCCUAUGAAUAAUAUAGUCUAUUUUACAUAUCAGGAACGUGAACAUGUUAAACAUAGCCAUAGAGAGAAGGAAAUUGCUGCCCCUUCUUCAAGUCAAGGCAUUUCGUUUGUUAGCUGAGCCUGAUGGCGGGUGUACAGAUUGGAAACAGUUCCUUCCUUCCUUCCUUCCCUCCUUCCUUCCCUCCCUCCCUCCCUCUCUCUC